AUGGCUGACAGCCUGACACCCCCUCUCACCCCACCGGUGAUUCCACAAAGACUUUUAACCAGACGGCAUCGGGAACUGCCGUCAACUGAAAAAUCCUAUCGUUGUCCCUCUAACUCAGCUGUGCGGAUGGUUGUCGGCCACGUGUCUCGGGACCACAGUGCCUUGCACUACUCUUUAAUCUAUAAUCUCUUGCUUGUUACCACCAAUUAUUAUGACUUGCAAACCCAGAAGAAAACGGUGGACACAAGUGACCGCACAAGUGAACUAAAAGCAUUUGAUGAUACAAAAGCCGGUGUGAAAGGACUACUCGAUGCAGGAGUCAAAACAAUCCCUCGCAUUUUCCACUCCAGAUCACAACCAAAUGUUGAUCAGAGGGAGGGAGGUGAUGAUGAUGCCCGGUUCAGUAUUCCAACCAUCGAUCUUCAAGGCGGCAAAAUCCAAGCAGACUCAGCUUUACGAGCUGAGGUCAUGGAGAAAGUUCGGCAUGCGUGUGAGAAAUGGGGUUUCUUUCAAGUAGUGAAUCAUGGAAUUCCUGUAAAUGUUUUGGAUGAGGUGAUUCGAGGGAUACGCGAGUUCCAUGAGCAGGAUAGUGAGCUAAAGAAAGAGUUCUAUACAAGGACUCCCGGGAAGAAAGUGUAUUAUCAUUCUAACUAUGAUUUGUACCAAGCUUCAUCAACUGACUGGAGAGACACACUUGGCUGUUUCAUGGCUCCUAAUCCACCCAAACCAGAAGAAUUACCGUCAGUAUGCAGAGAUAUAGUGAUCGAGUACUCAAAGCAUGUGAUGGAGGUGGGAUUAACAUUGUUCGAGAUACUAUCUGAGUCUCUUGGGCUUAAUCCGAACCAUCUCAAAGACAUGAACUGCGCCGAGGGGCUUCUUCUUCUGGGUCACUGCUAUCCAGCAUGCCCUGAACCAGACUUGACUUUCGGCGCCAGCAAGCACACUGAUGGUACUUUCAUCACCAUUCUCUUGCAAGACCAAGUAGGCGGUCUCCAAGCUUUGUAUGAGAAUCAAUGGGUUAAUGUUCCCCCCAUGUAUGGGGCUCUAGUUGUCAAUGUUGGAGACCUUCUUCAGCUCAUAACAAAUGACAAGUUUAUUAGCUUGGCUCACAGAGUUAGAGCGAAGAAUGUAGGGCCAAGAACAUCUGUGGCAAGCUUUUUCAGAUCUGAGCGGAACACAAAAGUUUUCGGACCAAUUAAGGAGUUGUUAUCAGAAGAGAACCCCCAAAUCUACCAAGAAGUUGAUAUUAAAGAUUAUGUCAGGUACUACUACUCAGAAGGGAAGGAGAACUCCCCAUUACUACAUUUCAAGCUGUGA